AGUUUCAAAAGAUAUUGGAGAUGCGGGGUAUCGAUCCCCGUACCUCUCGCAUGCUAAGCGAGCGCUCUACCAUCUGAGCUACAUCCCCUGUUUUGUUUAGCAGAUGGCACUUUAUGCUAUUUCUCUUUUUUCCCACAUUCUCCAACUGCAAGCUCCUUCAGAGUAUACAAUCAAUAUUCAGCACUGUCCAGUGUCAGUUUUGCAACAAGCGAGCUCAACAAAAAUCAAAAUGUUAAGAAGAUUAGUGCUCCAGGCUUCAACUCAGCGUUGUUCGCUGUUUGGUGCUUCGUCGUCACUCUCAUGGUGUCGUCAAUCUUCUUCUUCUUCUUCUUCCCAGUCUCCUAACAGUAAUUUUGUCGAACACUUGGAGGACAAUGAACCAGCUAGUCCUACUCCCCCCUCUGCAGCUAUCUCCAUUGACCGAUCCGGCUUACAUAAUCCUCCUCAGCAUUCACAUGAACCGUCAUCGGAUUGCGAGCUUGUUAAGCAUCUUAAGAGCAUUAUCAAGUUCAGGGGCGGACCCAUCUCAGUUGCCGAAUAUAUGGAGGAAGUCUUGACGAACCCAAAGGCAGGGUUCUACAUUAAUCGUGAUGUGUUUGGCGCUGAAGGUGAUUUUAUUACCUCUCCUGAAGUUAGCCAAAUGUUUGGAGAGAUGGUUGGUGUUUGGGCAAUGUGUCUUUGGGAGCAAAUGGGACAACCAAAAAAUUUAAAUCUUGUGGAGCUGGGACCCGGUCGAGGAACUCUCUUAGCUGAUCUUCUACGAGGUGCAUCAAAAUUUAGGAACUUUACCGACUCUUUGCACAUACACAUGGUUGAAUGUAGUCCAACUCUAAGGAAACUCCAAUAUCGGAACUUGAAGUGCAUAAACAAGAAUGACACAGAUGGAGAUGCGGAGGAACACAUUAUUAGCAGGUUGACUGGGACCAGUGUAUCAUGGCAUGCCACCCUGGAGCAGGUUCCUGCAGGAACACCUACAAUCAUCAUUGCCCAUGAAUUUUACGAUGCGUUACCUGUUCAUCAAUUUCAGAGAGCAUCUCUAGGCUGGUGUGAAAAAAUGGUUGAUGUUGCUGAAAAUUCAAUGUUUCAGUUUGUUUUGUCUAAGCAGCCAACCCCUGCAACUCUGUAUCUCUUGAAGCGCUUCAAAUGGGCCGAGAAUGAAGAAAUAGGCAAGCUUGAACAAGUUGAGGUUUGCCCCAAAGCAAUGGAUUUGACUCAAGCAAUUGCUAAAAGAAUUGGUUCAGAUGGUGGUGGGGCUCUCAUUAUUGAUUAUGGUCUAAAUGGAAUAGUCUCAGACAGUCUUCAGGCUAUCCGAAAACAUGGAUUUGUUAAUAUACUGGAUAAUCCUGGAACUGCUGAUCUUAGUGCUUAUGUUGACUUUGCUGCUAUCAGGCACUCUGCAGAAGUAGCUUCAGAUGAUGUGGCUGUGCAUGGCCCAAUGACUCAGUCUCAGUUUCUUGGGGCACUAGGAAUAAAUUUUCGGGCUGAGGCAUUGAUGGAGAACUGCACAGAUGAACAAGCUGAUUCUUUAAGAACAGGUUACUGGCGUUUGGUGGGUGAAGGCGAGGCACCAUUCUGGGAGGGUCCUGCAGAGCAGGCUCCUCUUGGGAUGGGAACCAGAUAUUUGGCAAUGGCAAUUGUGAACAAGAAGCAAGGAGUACCUAUUCCAUUUCAAUAAAAAAUCUGGAUGUGUGUAGCUUAGCUGGGUAAAAGGCUUGGAACAAACAGGAUGCUAAUUCUAUUAUCAUCCUGUUUCCAUGCAGUGAGGCUUUUCCUUUAUUUAUGAAGGAGAGAAUAUCUUGUCUUUUCAUAUAGUGCCUUUUUUUUUUUGUUCAUUUCUGAAAAGUGGAGAAUAUGGGGCAACAGAAGAAUAUAGAUCCUACAUCAAGUUAUUACGCUAUGUUGCUUCUGCAAGUUGGCCGAAGCUAAAGGAUUGAAAGAUUUUUGGAGGACUGGUCUAUAUUUUUAAAGUUUCUUGUUUUAUUUGACUUAUACUUUCAUAAAUAAUAAAAUCGAAUCACAAAAGACGUGAUACUUUUACAGUACUUCAGUUGUAUAAAAGAUGGUGCUGUAAUUAUUUGAAAAAUAAUACUAGUAUAAUUGUUUCUUUGA